UUAAAUGAAUAAGAUUUUAGAGGUUUAAGAAAGUAUAUUGUAGACGUUACGAUUAUAUAUAUAAUUGUAUACAUAUAUAUAUAUAUAUGAAACAGUUUGUGUCCAAUUGGGUCCACGUUUAAAGAGAUUAUCCAAGGUGAUAUAAAAUCGUUUUUAUUGUUGCUAAUCGAUGAAACGGGCGAACGUGUUUCUAGGAGAGAAAGGAAACGAAGAGAAAAUAGAGAAAGGAGGAAUUGUUGAAUACUGAGUCACAGCAGACUACUGAAUAUUAUCGUGGAGAGGAGAAUGUUGCAUUGAGCCGCAAAAAAAAAGAGGGUCGCCAUUAUGAAUCUUGAAGUGGAGCUGAUUGCAGGGGUGAUUAAGGGCGGACCACCCCCGAAAAACUUGCCAGCGCCGAGGCUGAUUAAAAUUUUCAUCGCCGUAGAACGGAAUGAAUUCGUGGAAGAAAGAAAGCAGUUUUUGGAGCACCUCGGGCCAGAACUGCAAUCGAUUUACGCCGACAUGGGAAUCGAGGUGUUAUUGGUGGACAUGCAAUAUGCAACGAAUACGAAUCCGGAUAGAAAUCCGUUUCUAGCCGAACACUUUUACGACGAAAUACGCGCUGCGCAUCAACACUCGAGAGGUUGUUUCUUUUUGUUAUUGGUCGGGGACGAGUACAAUGCCGGAUGGCUGCCGACGAAGCUCACCGAGGAGAGUUAUGGACUCCUCUCGAGCCGGUGCGCCAUGAUGGACGGGUAUUACGAGCGCGACAGUAAUUGUUAUGUCCUGAAGGCUGGCAGAUUGGGAGCUGCGACUGAUAGCUGGCAGAACGAAGAACCAACGAUGAGGGAAGCUCUGAAGAGAGCUGCAGAGACCGCCAUCUCUGAGAAUCUUGAUAACGAGGAGAUCAGGAAUAUAUUAAAAAGCUCCGCUCAGAGGCAGUUGGAAUACGCUUUAAUGCUGGACGAAACGAGGGAAGGUAUCAUAGCCGUGACACGGACGUGGAAAGGGCAACCGAUUUCAGAGGCGGUGGCGGCGCUGCAAUCGCUCGUGGCGGAUAACCUGCCACCUGACAAUAUCAUUGAUGUAGAAGUAGAACAGGAACCAGGUGGAAUUGAUCCUGACAAUGAUUCCCACAAGGUUUACUUGGCAAAUCUGUGUCGUUUGCUCGUGAACCGAGUACAGACCCUGGCCAACGACUCCAUCGAGGCUGAUCCUGAGAUAAAAAGCAAGAAAAAGAUGGUGCAGGAGAUUUAUGCUGAGAGCCUGAUGCAUCUUGCUCUUUUGAGGAAUGUCAAACCCUGUGAAGAGAACGAGCAAGUUGAUAGGAUCAAACAGCUCUUGAUAUUUGGUAAAUCCCAGAAACAUGGGCCGAUAUUGGUGAAAGGUAGCAAAUACUCUGGCAAGUCGUCGUUGCUCUCAAGAAUCUAUACAGAUGUGGCUUCUUGGCUGGAUUGCGCAACCUUCAAAGUAGUUCGCCUAUGUUCUUCCACUCCACGGUCCGCGUACAGUCUCGAGUUACUGCGUGUGCUCUGUCAACACAUCGGUUUCCUAUCCGGUCAAUUGGACGGGAACCUACCGAAAGACGCAUCCUUCGAUCCACUCUAUUUGAACAACUGGUUCGGCCAGAUCAUUAGGCGAAUAGAAGAGGAGCCGUUGAAGGAGCAGCUAUUGAUCCUGAUCGAUGAUCUUCAUCGGUUACACCCCCUGGAAUGUGAUAUUAUCGCCGCGUUGUCAUGGCUUCCAUUAAACUUACCACCAGGGGUGCACCUAAUCGUAACGACCGCCAUUCCUCCGGAGAUGCUUCGUCUUACACCGACGCAGAAAGAGAGGUUACGAAACUCAGAGAUUUUGAUCGAACUCGACGAUCCAUCCUCCGUUCCGAAUGAAAUCGAAACUGUGUUUGACACGUUGGGUAAUUUGGUGGGCGAGCGCGCAGCGAACAGAAUCGGCGCCAUUUUGGCGUCCACGGAGUACGGUCUCUCCGAAACGGAAAUCCUCGAAAUGAUCAUGCCAACAGGUGGUGAUAGUCCCUUGCUCCUCGAGGAUGGAAAAUUCAAUUUUGCUACCUGGUCACUGGUCAGAAGAACGUUCAACGAUUCCUUGAAGGUUCGUGUGAUGACCGGAAGACUUCUGUUCUCCUGGCGAUACCCGAUCCGCGAUCUAGCCCGGAAGCGAUACUUUCCGAGUCAGGAGAUCCUCAAAACUUAUCAUGGCGAGCUAGCGAACCUGUUCUUCUCAGAGGACUUUGAAGAAAAAGACGACAAAUCGUCGCCUGAGGAGGAGACACCUAAAAAACAGACGCCGUUUCACAGCAGACCAAGGUCCCAUUGCACCGCUUACAACCUGAGACACGUCGAGGAGGCUUGGUUACACCUGUUGAGGGCCGGUGACGUUGAGAAACUGAAGAAACUCGCAGUAUGCGCGUUCGAUUUCCUCCUCGCAGCUGUGCAAAUGGUCUCAGUCAGCUAUUUGAGGUGCGUGCUGGAACAUUCAAGGAAGUAUCUUCUAGAGAGGGAUCUGGAGUUGGUUUAUUACACCGUGAGGAACUCCAGCGACAUUUUGACCAGGGAUCCCCUACAGCUAGGCGCUCAGCUGAUCUGCUGGCUGAGACCUGUCGCGGAAGAUGGCGGCGACUUGGUCAGCAGAAUGGUGACUGCAGCAAUGGCGUGGUGCGAUGGUUUCACUGCACCGUUGUUGGUACCACUGAACGGUUGGCUUCGACCGCCAUUGCCUCUUCAAAUUCGCAUCCUAUCUUGCCCACAAGGGGUGAAACUGAUCGAGGCAGCUCCGUCUGGACAACACGUAAUCGUGGUGCCCUUCCAGGGGGACGCUCAAUUAUGGCACGUUAUGUCUGCUCAAUUGGUCCACACAUUUAAAGGUCAUUCGAACCCGAUAUCUUGCUUGGCUGUAACGCAACACGCGCAGUACUUAUUGACAGGCUCCGAGGACACCUCCAUUAUCGUUUGGGACAUGAAAGAGCUCAGUUUGAAAUUGAGAAUUCGAGAACAUAUCGCUUCCGUUUUGUGUUUAACCACUGCGCUGAAGAAUUCUGUGAUUGUCAGCGGUGGCGAAGACUCCAGGAUCAUCGUCACGAGUCUGCUUUCUGGUGAUGUUCUGAUCAAGGUGGAUCAUCAUAGAGGUCCAGUGAACUCGAUCCGCGUGAAUUCGGCGGGAGAGAUCCUCGUUUCCGGUUCGUCCGACUGCACCGUUUGCCUCUGGUGUUUGGAAAAGUUCACGUUGCUGAAGAGCAUAGCGUUGCCAUCAGCAGUGACUAUGUUGGAUGUAUCAGCGGAUUCGUUGUUCUUAUUGGUCGCCUGCGAGGAUCAGAAGCUGUACUUGAGGUCACUGGCAACGGGGACGGAGAUUCAUAUGCUGAGAGGCCACCAAGGCGACGUGAAGAGCAUUUGCCUGGCCAAGGACUGCAGAAGAGCCAUUGCUGGCGGAGCCAAGGGCAGGGUCUCCGUGUUCGACAUGCAUAGCGGAAGGCUGACCAGAACUUUGCCUGCUAAUCUGUCGGCGGACGUCACUGCCAUCAAAGUGACAGAAAAGGACGACUUCCUGAUAACAGCAACUGGGGAUCGAGUGACCUAUUGGAGUUUCCGUGGCGAAGAGGCGUUAUCGAAGCCUGCAAAAUCGGGGAAAUCAGAAUCUUUGCAUCCUCACACGGCGUCUAUAUCUUGUUUGGACAUAUCCAGGGACGGAGCAAUGGCCGUUACCGGAGGUGUCGAUUCUCUGGUGAAUCUCUGGCAGCUGAACACUCACGAGCUGCUCUCGACCUUCGAGGGCCAUAUCGCGAGCGUGACGUGUAUAGCGUUCUCAGCUUCCGGUCUAUUUGUUGCUUCAGGGUCAGAAGACAAAACAGUUCGAGUCUGGGGACUGACGUUGGGCCUAAUGGUGGCGACGUUCAGGCACCAGGCACCAGUUACGUCAGUGACGGCCAUGUUUGACGGUCGAAGAAUCGUCAGUUCGGAUAGAGGAGGCGCGAUUCGAGUCUGGGCCGCUGAUACCGGCACAUUAAUUCAAUCCGUGAGCGGACGUGGUCGAUGCAUCACGGUUUCCUCUGACAUGAGGUACGCCAUAUGCGAAACAGGAGACAAUCAAGUACGAAUAGUAAGUUUAGGGGCUGGACCGGAAGAAAAGUACCAAGUGUCGCAUUCCCAGGACAUCAGUUGCCUCGUGGUCACUCCAGACUCUCGAUCCUUGAUUACUGGCUCGCUCGACAUGAGUCUGAAGGUUUGGCAGCUCGCUGGAGGAAAAUUAUCGCAGGUCCUGGUCGGUCACACGGACCACGUGACCUGCGUCGCUGUGUCCGUCCUGGACAAGUCCAUAGUGGUGUCCGGGUCCAGGGACGCGAAUCUGAUCGUCUGGGACAUCAACACAGGCGCUGAUCUCCAUACCCUAAAGGGACAUCUAGGGUUCAUCACCUGCGUGAAGCUGUCCGGCGACGGGACCCUAGCAGCGUCAGGAAGCGAAGACAAGAGCUUGAUAGUCUGGGACACGAAGAAAGGAUGCUCCCUGAGUAGCAUCAUGCUGCACGUUCCGGUGGUAGGAUUAGAAGUGGCCACGGACCUAUCUAGGCUAGCGUUGCACCUGCUCGAGUACAAGUGCAUGCCUAUACUCUGUCUGCACAACACACCGGCGCAGUACGUCAAAUUGCCGGAUUAUGUAGCGCCCUGGUGCGAACUUCGUGACCUGAGGCCCACCGGGCCCAAGAGGCCCAAUAAGAGGCUGCUGAAAAAGGAGGUGUCGCUGGACAGCGACACCUGGCGCAGGAAGUACGGGCAUCUUACCUCGGGAAUAUCAGCGUCGUCAGUGGAGAAUAUCCAGCGACGAUUUAGCGUCAGCGCCUCAAUGGACGAGAUCAGCAAAGUCGGAUUAGCGAACAGCCCGUCGGGAUUGGGCCCGGAACAGGCGGCCCUGGCCCAGUCGCAGCACUUCGAUCAGCUGGAGGCGCUCUGGAAUAAACAAUCACCGCCAUCUAGACCGCGUUCUCAUGGACGAACCCUAUCCAAACAGAGCUCUCUGCAGGCCACGCGUAUUUCCGACUCUGAGGAAGAAGGUUUACCGGGUUAAAAUAACUUCACGGUUAAAUGGACUAUAAGCUCUGGAAACUCCUAAUCGUCGUACAUUCUUCUCUCUCUCUAUCUCAGAUUGUUUCGCCGGAAAGCGAAAAGAA